AUGGCGGCUGGCGUUGUGCGCGAGUGGUUCGGUAUCCAGCAAUUCCCGGCUCCCACGCAGACCAAGCUUCACGAGUAUCUGGGGAAGCUCAAGCAAGAGGUUGAUGUUUCUCUUCCUUUCUCCAUCUCCUUGUUUUCAUUGAUUCAUUUUGUUACACCGUUUUCAGGUUUCCCAUUUCUUAUCUUAUUUUCCACAUACAGAAUGUGAACACAUUGACAAUUCUUGUGAUGGGGAAAGGAGGCGUCGGCAAAUCUUCUACAGUGAACUCCAUUUUGGGGGAGCGGGUGGCCACUGUCAGUGCUUUCCAGGUCUGUUGGAAUAGUAUCCGCGGCCUGUUUUUAAAGGAGUUUCAAUUAAAGUUAAUUCACGAAUUUUGUUUCGAUCUCCUGCUAUUUUUAUUGCUCUUGCAGUCGGAAGGGCUUAGGCCUAUGAUGAUCUCUCGAUCUCGGGCAGGCUUCACCUUGAACAUUAUUGACACCCCUGGGCUUGUAGAAGGCGGAUAUGUCAAUGAACAGGCCCUUGAGAUCAUAAAACGGUAUGUCUGGAAUCAAUAAAUUUCUGAGGACGCGUUUAUGGUCCCUUUUUCCUGGCUUAUCAGACAUAGCUCAAUAUUAUUAUUUUGUACCUAUCUUACUAGAAAAAAAAUCUUGGUAUAACUUUCUAGAUGGAGUAUACCCUUUGAGUGUGGAACAUGCCCCCAAAGUAUGGGUUUCGUUCUAAUUUCCGUCAAAAUUUUCUGGCAGGUUUCUUUUGAAUAAGACCAUUGAUGUUCUUAUCUACGUUGAUCGAUUGGAUUCAUAUAGAGUAGAUAACUUGGAUCGACAAGUCAUUAAGGCUAUCACUGACAGUUUUGGUAAAGCCAUAUGGAAGAGAGGCUUGGUUGUCCUCACGCACGCGUACCUUUCACCCCCAGAUGGACUAAGUUACGAUGAAUUUUUCACCAGACGCUCAGAAACCCUUCUUAAAAUUAUACGCUUGGGAGCCAAGAUCAGAAAACAAGAAUACCAGGUUCAUUGCCCUUUUCUUUUCAAAUUCAUUUUUUAUCACUGGAAUCUUCUAUCUUAGUUCAUUCCUUUGCGCUUGUAGUAUUUUUCUGGUUGAUGAAUAUAUCAUGUCUCAUGGUCUGUAAAGCUUGCCUGGCACUGGAUCUACUCAGAGGUGAUAAGAUCGAAGCCUAAUUAAGACCAAGUCUGUCUAAGCUGGCCAGGAUCAAUCUUCUGGGCUAGCACACUGCAUUUAAACCCUCAUCCAGAGCAUGGAUAUACAUUUCGGUGUCUAGAUACUAAGUUCCUGAAUAUAUCAUUAAAAAUUUAUGUCUUGCCAUUUUGUAUUGGAGCAUUCUCCCAGUAUUAUAUAUUAUGGAGAGAUAUCCUCAUUGGGCUCCUUAUCAAGAAUUUGUUUUAUCUUUUUCUCUAAAGAAUAGAUAUCGGUGUGAGAGAGUGGAACAGAUGGAUUUUCUGUAAAUGUAAGAUCCUCCCUGAUGUCAAACAUGGUCGAGUAAAUUAGGUCAAGGAAAUAUUAGCGCCGGGCAUUGUUUAUGUGUUUACAUGUGGAAGAACAAUGAACUGCCAGAUUGCGCUAUGUUUCUUACUGUUCAGCUUUUUAUGAGGUACUUGUUAUUCUCUUGUCUUAAAUCAUACUGAGGAAACCAUGUGACUCAUGAUUGAAAGCAAUCAUCUGAUUUGGGUAUAGAUCAAAACUAUGAUGUCAAGAUCAACUUUUUUUAAUUUCUCUUCCCACCAAUCAAAUGUCGGCCCAUAGUUUUUCCUUCUUACCUAUUGUAUUUGUGCCCUCUGCUUCUAGUUUUUCCUAUUACCAAUCGGAUUGCAUGGUAUCCUAGACCUUCACCAUUAGUUAAAAUAGUAUGAUCCAGCUUUCAUGGAGGGUCUUGGAAAACCACAUUUUUCUUCUGUGUUUCUCUUACCCUGGCAGGCAUUUUAAAGACAUUGAAAGGAUUCUCAUUUUAAAGACAUUCCGGGAGUUAUAAUAAACGGAGAAAUUAGUUUCUAAACAUUUUCAUUGAUGAUUCGGAGGUUGCAGGGGGGGGGUUUUCUAAUUAAAGUUAUUUUUUCAGCCUCUGGAAUCAAUUUAUUCGUUAUCAUUAAUACUAUUCUAGACUCUAUACCCUCCAGUUCAAUUCACAAAAACGCUUCUACCUCAUCGCCAGACCCUUGAUUACAUCAAAUAAUGAAACACGCUUCAGUUACAGACGAUGACCCUGAGCAUCGAUCAUUGGUCGAAAGAAAACUCAUCUUCAGCCCCUAACAGCCUCUCAGAUGAUAUUCUGACUUUGUUUUUGAGCGAUGAAUGGAUCAUAAUCUCAAACGAACGGAGCAAUCAGUUUCUAUGAUUCCUUUCAUAAUUCUGGUAUGCGCAAGGUAGGCUUUCAACUGAUUCAGCUAGACUUUUUAGCUUUUUGCAGCCAAUUUCUUCACCAAAAUUAGUAUCAUUCUUGAGUCUGAAACAUGUUUGAGCGAGAUUCAAAGAGAUUCAAGCAACCCUGAUGAAUUCAUGCUAUCAGAUUUUUUGGUUCUAUAGCUUUCCCUGGUGUUUUCUUAUGCGCCGUCUUCCUCCACACCAAAUACUAAUUUGGGAAACUUUCUUCUGUAUAUUUGAAGGACUCCGCCAUACCCAUAGCUCUGGUUGAGAACACCGGGAAGUGUGCCACAAAUGAGGGUGGCGAGAAGGUACCAUCUCUCUCUCUCUCUCUCUCUGUCUCUCUCUCUGUCUCUCUCUCUUAAUCUUAUUGAGAAAUCGUCUUUGGGAAACCAGGUUCUCCCGGAUGGCACAGUGUGGAUCCCCAACCUGGUGAAGACCAUCACCGACAUCGUCUUGAAUGGGAGCAAAGCGAUCACCGUUGACCAGAAGCUAAUCGAUGGGCCGAACCCGAACCAGAGGGGGAAGAUCUUCAUACCCCUCAUUCUCGCUCUCCAGGUGGGCGAGCCGCCCUCUUCCUCUUCCUCCCCCCCGAUUUCUUCAGAUUUUCACCAGAUGGGGCCGUCCCUUGACUGAAAUCUGCUCUUCCUCCGCAGUAUUUCUUCUUGGUGAAGCCGAUCAAACACAGGAUCAGGGAGGACAUCGCUCGGGAGAAGAAGCCCCUCUGGGAGCUCCGCGACAUGGGUCUGGCCGACGGCAAGUUCUGA